AUGAUUGGUAAGGUAGAGCCAUCGCAGGACACGGCACCCUUGCUCACGCCAGACGAGCAGGAGUGUGAAGAUCAUUUCAAGAUCACGCAUUCAAGAGACUCCGCAGGAAGAUGCAUCGUGCGAUUGCCGCUCAAACUUCAUCCAAGAGCACUCGGCAAUUCGUAUCAGACGGCGCAUAACUGUCUUCAGCGGAUUCUCAGACGACUCAGCAAGGACGUUCAGUACAAACAGCUGUACACCAAGUUCAUGCUCGAAUAUGAGCAGCUUGGUCACAUGGUAAGACUGAACAAUGACUCAAUAAUCAGUCCGUUUCAGUACUUUCUUCCGCAUCAUGGCGUUCUGAAGUUGGGCAGCACGACCACCGCAUUGCGUGUGGUGUUCAACGGCUCCAGUCCAACUUCAUCAGAAUACUCGCUGAACGAUCUUCUACAUACUGGUCCAAAUCUGAUGCUGAAUAUCGCAGAUCUGCUCAUUUGGAUACGCAGAUACAAACAUCUGUUUGCAACUGACGUCACGAAGAUGUACCGACAAAUCAAGGUGCAUCCAGACGACUGGAGCUUGCAGCAGAUACUCUGGCUUGAUGACACGCAGAAGGAAACUCAGUACCAGCUGACUACGGUCACGUACGGGACGAAAGCUGCACCGUAUGUCGAUGACAUUUUUGGUGGUGCAGAUACAGCAGAGCAUCUACAGAACGUUGCAAAUCAGCUGACGCAACUCUGUCAAGCUGGUGGAUUUCCAUUGGCAAAAUGGCAUUCCACGAGCAAAUCGUUGCUAGAAGACCUCGCACCAGAUCAGAACAACGCAGCAAUUUCAUUCGACGACUGCGCAACCAAAAUUCUCGGAAUUAAAUGGAUUCCACAUCAGGACAAACUUAACUUCUCGACCAUAUCAGCUACGCAACGCGCGCAGUUUACGAAACGCCUCGUCCUCUCAGAAGUUGCACAACUCUUUGAUCCACUCGGUUUUGUUGCACCUGUAAUUAUCAGAGCGAAAAUUCUUAUUCAAGAGCUUUGGUUACAGGAACUCAGUUGGGACGACAUUAUGCCGCUUCAUAUUACUCAACGAUGGUUACGCAUCAGGGAAGAUCUAACCAGCUUGGCCAAGCUAUCCAUCCCACGAUUGUUCAACACCACGACCACGUCGACAGUUGAACUUCAUGGCUUCGCUGAUGCCUCAGUCCUCGCAAUGGCAGCCGUCGUCUACCUCGUUGUCCACUCACCGUCCACGGGUACCCACACAUCUCUGAUCUGCUCGAAAACGCGAGUGACACCACUCAAACGUCUGACCAUCCCGAGGUUGGAACACACAGCAGCGCUGCUACUUCCAAAACUGAUGCGGCAUAUUCACGCUUCCCUGAACAUGCCCGUUUCUCACACAUUUAUGUGGACGGACUCAGAAGUUACGCUGGCAUGGAUCAAAACGCACCCCUCCAAAUGGAAGGAUUACGUACGCAACAGAGUAAUCCAAAUCCAGGAGAUCACGCAGUACUUUCACUGGAGGCAUGUACCAGGAUCAUCAAAUCCAGCUGACUGCGCGUCAGGAGGCAUGACGACAGAACAGCUUCAACAGCACUCUCUUUGGUGGACGGGACCACCGUGGCUUACGCAACCUCAGAACACGUGGCCCAAGCAGACCAGUGUCGACGCAGACGAGUUGGGCGCCCCUGAAGCUCGUGCUGUCGUCUCACUCCACACGGCAAACGCAGUAAAGGAAUAUUCAUGGGAAUUAAUCUAUAAAUAUUCUUGUGUUAACAGAUUACCCAGAAUCACCGCUCUUUGCCUCAAAUUGGUGGACAAGCUGUCCAAACGACAGGACGCUUCGCCUACGCAUUUCAUCGCAGCAGCUGAUAUGGAAAGGGCCACAAUCUAUUGGAUUUAG